AUGAGUUUAUACGUUUACCCAUCGUUUGUUGGUUUACCAUCGAUGGAUUCGAAAUGUUUGCAGUUUUUGGUAUGUUUUUGUCUACUUUUAUAUUAUUAUUUUGAUGUUUAGGCUGCUGCAAAGUUUUGUGCGGCCGAAAUAACAGUUCAUACGACUACGGUUCCUUUCAACAGUCCAACAGGUUAGUUGAUGUGUGUAAACAAAAUAUAUUGUGACGUUAAACAGCUAUAUUAUUAUUACAUGGUAUGUCGUGUUUUUUUAAUAAUUUUAACUUUUUUAAUUUAAAAAGUGCUUAUGUUGUUACUGUUUACAAUUUUGUUUAAAUUGCUUUUAAGUUUUACAAUUUUAGGCACGUUACCGGGCUUUGUGACUGAAGAUGGUGUACAGAUUACAGAGUUUGAAGACUUUGUUACCUAUUUGAGGAGUCAACACCAAGCAAUUCAGUUGGAUUUUGAAUUGGAUAACGAACAGAAGAGCCAGUUUGAUUCCUACAAGGCUUUGUUGAACAUUCAAUUUGUUCCAACUUUGGUAAGGCUUUAUAUUUAUUGAUUUUGUAAUUUUGUGUAUAAAUAUGAGAUUUGAGGGUUUUUUUAGUCUACAAUUCGAAAGUUGGCGGUUAUAAGCUUCUAAUUGCUGCUAGAAAAAGUAAAUUUUUAGGAAAACGUCUUUUUCUUGGACGAAUUUAACUAUUCUGCUUUGAUGAUUAACUGGUACUCAAACUAUGUCACGUUCCCGAUGAAUAUCUACUAUUUGAACAAGAGGAAGAACUUAGCCACAAAGAUUGUAAAUUCUUCUGGAAGGUCAAAUACAAAUUUGUUAACUGAUGGUAUUAAUGUAAGGAAAUUUUCUCAAUAUAAAUAGUAUCUUUAUAAAAAGCGUCAGAAAUCAUAAUAUUAUUUACUUUGUAAGCUCGAAACGUGUUUUAAAGGAUGGUGUGCUAUAUACGCUUAAAGUUUAGGUAUUAAACAUGUUAUCGUCUAAACUAGGAGAAUCAAAAUACUUUUUUGGGACGAAACCUUCAUCCUUCGACGCUUUGAUCUAUGGAUAUUUGGCGCCUUUACACAAGUUACCACUAGCAAACACUGAUCUACAAUUACAUUUGUCAGCUCUACCUAACUUGACAUUGUUUGUUGAAACUAUCACUAGUAUUUACCUACCGCUGUCUAUUGAUCAGGUAAUUUUUGCGGUAUUUUUUGGGUUUUGGGUAUCUAAAUUGAGUUAUAAAAAUGCCUUAAAAUUUGCAUAAUACUUUCUAACGUUUUUUAAAGCUCUACCACUUUUAGACGGAUUAUAAACCUUUUUUUGCCUAUGUUAUUAAUAUAACUUAUUUUAAUAACGUAAUAAACAAUUCAGAUCUCCUACCAACUACAACAACAAACCAAGUGGAUGGCAUAUACGGAUAAAGAACGGAAGAGGCUUCAGAAUCAGCGAGCAGCUCAGCAGUUGAGGAAGUUGGAGAGGGAAAAGGCUGAGAAAACCACAAAUAAUAAGGUGAUAUUGUUUGCUGUUGUCAGUCUUACUGCGUCUCUCUUAUUCGCUCUUCAUACAGGGAUAAUCAGAGUACAAUCAGAGCAAAAGCAUACGAUUAGAAAGAAGAGGUAG